CUUAGGUGCAACAACUGAACACGAACGAAAGCUUUCCAUCUCCUUCACCCCUUCAGAGACCAUUCUUCCGCCACCGUCUCCGACUCCGACUUCUCCUCCAUCUCAAGCGACGGUCGGUGAUGACUGAAAGAAGUACAGCGCUACAAGAAAAUUGGCUUCAACUGAAGAAUUCCACAAAAGCAUUUUCUUCAAAUCACUCAGGUAACAAAAAUCUUGGUACUGCAUUUUUUUGGUCUUUGCUCUCAGCGCCCAUGCAGCUGUAAAACUCAGUCAUGGCACAGCCUCAGGUCCGGUUCCUCCUGCUCCGUCAAUCGUUGCUCUUCUAAUAUGAGGAAGACACUGAAGUACCCCAAAUACCCAUCUUUCGGGGACUUAAUUUCAUCGGUAGGAACAGCAUAUCCGUCUCGGAGAAGAGACUCAGCCGCAAGCAUCUGACUCUUACUGCUUCUCCCAAUGGUUCUGCGAGUCUGGUCGUGGAAGGAAACAAUCCUGUUGUUGUUAAUUCUGGGAGUAAUCGAAAAAAGCUUUAUUCUAGAGAAAAUGGGACGAUUUGUGAUGGAGAUGUAAUAGAGUUGAUUCCAGGGCAUUACUUUUUCAAGUAUGUGACAUUGGGUGGUGACAAAAAUAUGCCAGUUAGUGGCUCAAAUAAUGGUAGAGAGACUGGGGAAAGUGAUGCGCUGAGUCGUAAAAGGUUAAGACAAACAUGCGAAACCGAUGCCUCUGAAAAGAAUUUAAAGAUUCUCGAUAUGGAAAAAAAGAGCAAGGUGGAAGGAAGCAACAAAGUGACUGGGAGUUCAUUGUCUAAAAGAGAUUGUAAUGAGGAAGCCAUACGCCAAUUUCAUGUUUCUGUGGAUAACUUGCCACUGACAUUUCGACUUUUAAGCGUACAAGGAUUGCCCCAAUGGGCAAAUACCUCUUGUGUUUCUAUAAGGGAUGUGAUUCAGGGGGAUAUUCUCUUUGCUGUCCUUUCUAAUUACAUGGUAGACAUGGAUUGGCUGCUAGCUGCAUGUCCAUUGCUUGCAAAAGUUCCUCAAGUUUUGGUAGUUCAUGGUGAGGGUGAUGGUACAUUGGAUCAUAUGAAGAGAAGCAAGCCUGCUAGUUGGAUUCUGCACAAACCACCCUUACCUAUUUCAUUUGGAACACACCACUCGAAGGCCAUGCUUCUUGUGUAUCCUAGAGGAGUGAGAAUUAUUGUACACACAGCAAACUUAAUCCACGUUGAUUGGAAUAACAAAUCACAAGGUUUGUGGAUGCAAGAUUUCCCCUGGAAAGAGCCGAACAAGCCAAGCAGAGGAUGCGCCUUUGAGAAUGAUUUAAUUGAUUAUCUUGGGGCAUUGAAGUGGCGUGAGUUCUCUGUUAGUUUGCCAGCUCUUGGAAGUUUCACUAUCAACUCAUCAUUUUUUAAGAAGUUUGAUUACAGCAAUGCAGAGGUGAGGUUAAUUGCAUCUGUACCUGGAUAUCACACGGGUAAUAAUUUAAAAAAGUGGGGACACAUGAAAUUACGUACUGCACUCCAAGAAUGCACCUUUGAUCGCGAGUUUAAGAGAUCUCCUCUUGUUUAUCAGUUCUCCUCCCUGGGUUCAUUGGAUGAGAAGUGGAUGGCUGAACUCGCGGCUUCAAUGUCAUCAGGUUUAUCAGAAGAUAAAACUCCUUUGGGCCCUGGGGAGCCACUAAUUGUAUGGCCCAGCGUAGAAGAUGUCAGAUGCUCUUUAGAGGGCUAUGCAGCUGGGAAUGCCGUUCCAAGUCCACUGAAAAAUGUCGAGAAAGCAUUCUUGAAAAAGUAUUGGGCCAAGUGGAAGGCAAGCCACACUGGCCGCUGUCGUGCAAUGCCACAUAUAAAGACAUACACUCGUUAUAAUGAUCAGAAACUUGCUUGGUUCUUGUUAACUUCCGCUAAUCUCAGUAAAGCUGCCUGGGGAGCUCUGCAGAAGAAUAAUUCUCAACUAAUGAUCCGAUCUUAUGAGCUGGGGGUGCUUAUUUUACCUUUCAAAAGGCGCAGUUCUGGUUUUUCUUGUACUACAAGAAAAAUUGUAGAGAAUAACUGUGAAUCAUCUGAGAAUUCUAAAGCACAAAAGGUAGAGCUUGUGACUUUAAAUUGGCAAAGAAGCUCAAAUACAGUUUCCUCAUCUGAUGAAGUAAUAAAACUUCCUGUGCCAUAUGAGCUUCCUCCUCAGCCAUACACUUCCGAAGAUGUGCCCUGGUCUUGGGACCGAAAAUAUUACAAGAAGGAUGUUUAUGGUCAAGUUUGGCCACGGCAAGUUCAGCUGUAUUCUAAUCAAAAUUCGUGAAAGUUCAGUUGUAUUCUUCUUUUAAUUUGAGUCAUGAUACAUUUGGAAACUAGUGAUUUCAGAAUAAUGAAUCUUUAUCUAUGUUAAUAUACGCCAAAGUAAAACCAUUAUGAUUUUCUCCA